AUGCACCUCCAUCCUGCACCUUCCCCACACAAGUAUCACCAUAUACCUACCCAAACGUCCUUCACCGACACACUAUCAUACCCCGACCGCCACCAGAUCCGUCUCAGCACCAACCAGGAGCUCCCGCAUGUCGUAAACCCCCAAGACAGAUCCGUUACCCGAGCACCUGAUGACUUCCCCAACACACGUACAUUCCCCGGCGCGCAUACAGGACCCCCUACAGAAACUCCAUUAAGUAUCAAUCUCGAUUACCGCCUCAUGUUCACUAGAUCCCCUGAUGUUCCCUUGUCCACUUCCCGUACCUAUUUAAGUAGCUCUGACACGUCCCCAAGCCCCAGCUUGUUCCCAGGGACCUACCCUCCCUGGCAUAUACCUUCUCGGGAGCUUACACUCUUGAGACCCAUUCACAUCUACAACCUACUCGAUCCUAUAUUGAUGUUCGCGGACCUCCCUGGACCUCCUAGGAACACCCUCAAGGGUCAUCAUCCCGUCUUCCAGCCACUACUAGGUCAUUCCCGUCCUCGGUCGUGGUUCCCGUAGCUCCCUUCGAGCUCCAGCCUGCUCCUAGCACGCUACAACAUAAACCUUCAUAUACCAAAACCUACCCUAAGACCUAUUCUGACCCAGGUCUUACA